GAGAUGCACAGCAGGAUGGUGUCAUGGCUCCUGCCCAGCAUAGCUGUGGUCUUCCUAGUGCUGCUGCAGAGCACACAGUCAGUCUACAUCCAGUACCAAGGCUUCCAGGUCCAGCUGGAAUCGGUGAAGAAGCUGAGUGACCUGGAGGGGCAGAGGGUGAUCAACCCCCAUCUCCGGGCCCAGGGCCUUGAGCCGUCCGUGUGCCUCCACCCAGACCUGCCACAGGACCUCCAGCCAGUCUGCGCCUCCAAGGACGCUGCCAGCAUCUUCAAGGCCUUGAGGACCAUCGCUAACGAUGACUGCGAGCUGUGUGUGAAUGUUGCCUGUACUGGCUGCCUCUGAGAUGGCUCCAUGUGCCCUGAGGCUGCCCUGGACACC